AGUGCAGUUGUGCCCUUUGACCGACAACCAGUACCUGUCAUGGCCGCAGUCUGUUUGUUUUCCAAGGUUGUUGCUUGUCGUUACCUGCGUCAAAAGUGCUUGGAUAUCACCUUUUAGCUCAGUUUACCCACAGGAAGUACCUAAGAAUGCAGCGGGACAUGUUGAGGUUCCAACCAUAGCAGAUUUCAGACUGUAAGUUUGAACAGUAGCCAACAAUCACCAUGGCAACUGUACUGGACACCCUGUCGGCCAUCUCGGAGUCAGUAGAGGAAGGCGUGGGGAGGGCGCUGUACGCCGGACACAGGCUGCUGACGCUGCACUAUGACAUGAUGUCCCGGGUGUUCACCACGCUUCACUUCAUCGCCAGCGUCACUGUCAACACCACCGUGUCUGUGGCUAAAACCUGCUGGGGGAUUCUCAAUCAGAUUUGUACCCUUCUGUUGGACCUCCUGUUCCUGACUGGGUUAGUGGUGCAGUACGUCCUGGUGUGCCUUCAGGUGGCCUUCGGGAUCCUCUGGGACUUUGGAGGAGUCCUAAAACUAGUUCUGACCUACAUCACCUCACAGACAUGGCACGCCUUGUGCACAGUAGGGUCCCAUACUAUGUACAGCCUUCAAGUCUUUGGUAAGACGUUACUCCAUGGAGUAUUGGAAGGAUGGCAGUUUGUGAAGACAGGUGUGCACCUGACAGGUGUCCAGGUGUUGUCCUGGGUUACCACAGCUGGGACGAGUGUGUUCGGUGGACUGCAGGCACUGGUGACCAACACCCUCGCAGCUGUGCAGAUGUUGGUGAGUGGAAUCCUCACGGCAAUCCAGACAGUACUGACGUUCAUACUGAGCAGCCUGCAGGCCGUGCUGCUGCAUGUUUUUGCCGCAGCCCAGUUCCUGGCCAUGCAGACUGUCACCGGCCUGCAGCUGGGAGUGAACUACAUCAUUGCAGCCCUGCAGUACCUGGUCACCAACGUGGUGGUGCUGCUGCAACUCCUACAGCAGGGGAUCUUCUACGUCCUGGCUGAGUCAUUCCACGGGAUCCAUGCGGCUCUGUCGUUCGUCGGGACGUGCGCCUGGAUGGUGCCGCAGCUCCUGCUGAACGGGAUUCUCGCAGCGGCGUACAUCCUGUAUUCCGUGUCGUCCAGCACGGUGUACUACCUGGCAGAAGGGCUGACAUACCUACAGCAGUCCAUGCUGACAAGCGUGAAGAAAGCUGUGGACUUCCUCUGGCUCACGGUGUCAAUAUUCUCACUAGAACUGGUAGCGGCUGCCGUCUUACUCGGGGCCACGGCUAUACUGGUGAAGAAAUGGGACGACACCACCCUCCCUCCCCUCCCUGACAUCACCCAGCACCUAAACAUGUGGACAUUCGGACAGGACCUGGACAACACACGGGACAGGGAGGAACCACAGGAAGCCGAGGAGGAAGAAGAAAGGGAUGAUGGAAGUGACGUGGAGGAUUCUGGGAGGGAAGACAGUUCGUCGUUAGUCAGUUCUGCAAGCGAUGAGGGAUCAGAGAGUGAAGAGGGCGGGGAGAGGCACCAGCUUCCUCCCAGACUUCAGCGGUACAACCUUCGCACACGAAACAUUCCUCAGCCUGGGACCUCCACGUCCAGACCCCGCAGCCCCACACCCACAACCUCCUGUCUGUCCUCGGACGACGAGGAACUCCAGGCACCGGAACGAGCCAGAAAAAUCCGGCUGAGGUUCACCAAGGAGCGAGAGAAGCGUCUGUGCGUGGUGUGUCAGGAUAACGUGAAGAACGUGCUCCUCCUGCCCUGUAGACACAUGUGCCUGUGUAGGGGGUGUGCUGACCACAUCACCAAUUCUCUCUACGCACACCAGAGGGUGUGUCCACUAUGUCGGUCCAGAAUUGGGAAUGCACUGGACAUCUACAUUUAGUAAAAUAUCAUGUAUUAAUCACAAUCCUUCAAUGGACACAAAUAGGGCAUUUGAUGGAUUGAGAUACUAACAGCAUUCCACAUAAUGUCAUAAGAGGCUUAAUUUUUUGGCAGAAAAGUUCAAGAGCUCAUCUUAUUUUGAUACUAAAUUACAAUUUGGUGUAUGCAUUUUUUGCUAUUUGUGUACAAUAUACUUCUGUUAUAUUUCUUGUUUACAGAGCCAGUCAGAAGUGAAAAUCUUCUCAUUUUGUGGUAUCAAGGAGACUCAUUUCAUUUAACUUCUUUGUAUAUUUUGUUUUUGCAGCUAUCAUUUCAGUGCAAAUAUUUUCCAAUGUCCAUGGCCCUUCCCUAAGUUGUGUAAUGGUGUCACCAAUUUUCAGGAAAUUAUGGUCUAUGUACAUGAAUACAGUUAUUUUUUCAAUGGAAAAUGCCAUGUUCUCUGCUUAAGACUAUUAAAAAUGAUAUGUUCUCAGGAAGACUAUAAAAUAAUAAUGCAAAAUUGUUGUACAGUUACUAGUAUGUUAGAUAAAAGUGUAUUGAUGUAGCAGUGGGAGGAAAAAGUUAACAGUAACUUUGAAAUUGAACUAUGGGAUAUACAUAUAUCUAGGAAGGAAAUCUACUGUAAUGACAUUGUUGACAUUUUUGUAUUUCGGGAGUUGUAAAGUUACAAUGGCUAUUGUAGUUGUAGUUUGGAUAUUUUAAUCAAUACUGAGGGCUGAAGGAAUCUCACCGUUUUUCCAGUGUAUCAAAAUCUUAUUUUCUUUGUGUUACUUUUUACCAAUGUUUGGUAUAAUAAUAUUAUUUCAGAUUAUCACAAACAAUGUAAAUCAGAAGGAUAUGUUGGUUGAAAUUAUUUCAAUGGAUGAUUCUGUGUGAAAAUAUGACAGUAACUGUUAUACUGGAUUGCAAAUCUUGGUGAAUCACUUAAAGUGAUAAAA